AUGGACCACGGCGGCCACGGCGGCGACGGCAGCGCCGGUCCGGCCUGCAAGAUUUCCAUGCUCUGGAACUGGUACACCAUCGACGCCUGCUUCCUCACCUCCUCCUGGCACAUCGCCAGCCACGGCGCCUUCGCCGCCACCUGCCUGGGGGUGAUGCUCAUGGUGGUCGUGCUCGAGGCGCUGCGCCGCCUAGGCAAGGAGUACGACGAGCACAUCCAGCGCGAUUUUGCCGCGCGCGUCGCGCUCAUCGCGAACCUCCCCGCUGAUACGGCUGGGUCGUCUGCCGCUGCAGGUGGUGGGGUUGGUGGUGGUGUGUGUCCUGCUGCGGUGGGUGGUGGUGGGGAUGGGGAGGUGCAGGCGCCGCGGACGGUGACGUUUAGGGCGUCGCCGCUGCAGCAGUUUGUGAGGGCGUUGAUCCAUGCGGCGACGUUUGGGCUGGCGUAUAUUGUCAUGUUGUUGGCGAUGUACUAUAAUGGGUACAUUAUUAUUUGUAUCUUAAUUGGGGCGUUGCUGGGGAAGUUUCUGUGUGACUGGAUGACGAGGACGGUGGUUAUUGGGGGGGUUGAGAACGGUGCGGUGAAGGGGGGGAAUACCGCGGCGGGAGUGGAGGAGCCGACGAAACGGGAACCGGGCCGGCGCGAGGGAGUACCACUCGAUCGGGUACGACAGCAGAACCAUGACGACCGGUUGGAGGGCAACGGCCCGGAAGCGGGUGACUGCCAAGGCUUGUACGAGGAAGUACAGGUCCUGGUAGCGGAUGGGCGGGUUGGGGUCUGUGAUCACGAAGGGGCGUCCUGCUUGUGGCGAGGAAGCCGACCCGGGGCUGGCGAGGACGGCCUCAAAGUCCAGGUGCGCCAUUGCCACGUUGGCGCCGUGCGCGAAGCUUUGCACGAUGUGGGAGGUCCAUCUGUCGAUACGUGCUCCGCCAACAGUGUUGUCUGUCGGAUUCCCGUACACCCCGUUUGCAGGCCGGAUGCACCCGGUCCUCAGCCCCUUAGAGUUGGCCGCACAAACAAUCCGCUCCGCUGCCGCUUUGGACGUGGGAUAGUUUGCGUAGAACUCGUCAUGACGGCGCAGUGGCUCAAAGAAGUCCUUUCUCGUCUAGUACUUGCCAGUAAUGACGCGGUGCCGCCCUGGAAGUACAGCUUCCAUGGCGGUACCCAAAGCUCCACGGGGCGAAUGCUGAUACUUGCCGAUGUAGUCGACACCAGCACGUCGGCACCCGCCCUCCGAGCAGCGUUCACAACGUUCUGCGUGCCCCGGACAUUGACGGCCUCGCAGAAGCCCGAGACGAGCUUGGACCGGUCUGACGGCACGAUCACAGCGGCCGUGUGGAAAACGGUCAGGGGCAGAUGGUGCCACGGAGGAAUGCCACGCUUUGUUGAACGCUCGGUCCGGUUGCGUCGGCUGAGGAGACAGUCGGCCUGGACAAAGUCAAAUGCUAGUCGCCGGGGUCGUGGAGCUUGUCGGCCCGGUUGGGCGCCCUGA